AUGGCAGUUGAGCAAAUGUUGUGGUUGCUGGCAUUGUACAUGGGCAUUUGUGUUGUUUCCUGGCUGCUUUUAUGGGCAAUUUGUUAUAAUCUUACAAGGACAUACAUUCCUGCAGAGAUAAGUCAGAGAGCAAAACUAGGAUGCGCUAAUCUUAUUUUGGGGUUUUUCACUGCACUGGGACUCUUCCUGGAAAAAGUUGGCAUUUGCCAUCGGUAUAGGAUCUGGAGGGUUGUGAUUAAUGGAGUACCACCUUUGAAGGACUCAAGUCUGAUCAUUGAAGAUCUGCUCUUUGAUAAUGUGCCGGUGAGGGUAUACAGGCUGAAGGCAUCACCUGCUGGAAACAAAAGAGGCAUGCUCUAUCUUCACGGAGGAGUUGGCUUGAUAGGAAGCAUUCAAGCGUACGAAAGGGUGGCUCGACACAUUGCGCGAGAAAGUGGUACUGUGGUUGUGAGCGUGGGAUUCCGUCUAGCUCCAGAGCAUCAGUACCCAGCUUCAUUAAUCGACUGCCAGAUUGCUGCAAUCCACUUUUUGAAGAAUGCAGAAGACUAUGGCGUGGACCCCAAUCGCAUCAUCAUUGGUGGAGACAGUAGCGGAGCCACAUUUGCUGCUGCAACUUGUCAAUAUCUGGUGGCAAGGAAUGAUCUUCCAAAGGUCCGAGCUCAGAUCCUACUCAGUCCAUUCCUCCAGGCUGUGGACUUCAAUUUACCUUCCUAUCAGCAAAACCAUUCCAUUCCCCCCUUGUUCAAAAAAAGGGCUAUCAAACUUGGCUUCUUGUAUCUCACUGGGAAAUUUGUCGAUCUGGAUGGAAUCAUGAAGAACGCCCAUGUUCCAGAGGAGCUGAAAGAGAAAUAUGGAAAAUGGAUUAGUGCAGAUUAUAUCCCAGAUGAAUUCAAGAUUCGGGGCUAUGUGCCACUGGUACCUGCGCCAUUUUCAGAAAAAUUGUAUGAGAUAUGCAAAGAAGCACUUGAUCCUAUGUUUUCCCCACUCCUAGCAGAAGAAAGCACUAUCAGCCAGCAACCCGAGGCAUUCAUUUUAACCUGUGAGUAUGAUGUUGUUAGGGAUGACGGGUUGCUGUACAAGAAACGGCUCGAGGACAACGGUGUGCCUGUGACAUGGCUUCAUAUUAAGGAUGGAUUCCAUGGAAUGACAUUUGGAAUUGAUUAUGGAUUAAUGGAAUUUCCAAGCACACCAAAGAUUUUUCAACAUUUACUAAACUUCUUAAAAGAUAUGUAG